AUGGCAGAAGAAGACGAGGUAUUAAUCGAAGUCGAAGCUGCAGAAUCGGUUUAUGGCGACGAUUGCGUAGUUCUCGCACAGUACCCUCCUCAUCUCCACCUUCUAAUCAAGCCUCGAACCGCAGAUGUUUCCUCUCAACAGCUAGUUGUACAAGGUCUUAUGUACAUGUUUGAAUUCUUAAUUUUUAGCUAUGUGAUGAUUUCGUGUCAAUUAGAUGAUAGAGCUGGAGAUGAACAAAGGCAAAAGCAUCUCAUAACCAGUAUCCAUGAAAAAGCAUGUGAACUCUCUUCAAACUCAAUGCUUGUAGCACUUUGCGAGGAAGCAGUUGAGAAGCUCACUAGCAUGAAUCACCCUGAUGGAGAUUGUCCCUUGUGUUUAUCUCCUUUGGUUGUUAAUGAAGAGGGUGCUUUGGAUAAUUCUCUACCUUUUAUGAAAUUAAUGUCUUGUUUCCAUUGCUUCCAUUGUGAGUGCAUUAUCAGGUGGUGGAAUUGGCUCCAAAUGCAUCAAGAAGUUGAUCAUCAUGCUAAUUCAUCUACACAUGCACACCAGAUUAAAACUCAACCAGAAAUAAAAAAAAACAUGGAAGAUCGAAUGGGAAUCUGCCCUGUAUGUCGAAAAGUUUUCCAUGCCAAAGACAUUGAACAUGUGCUCAACUUAGUGGGGACUUACUCUCAAUUGAAUCUCGAUGACACCGAAGAUACAAAAAACGAUACGAUUCUUAAUUCGGAUUCAGAAAACACAAAGCGAGAAAAGUUCGAGGCUACAAUGAAGCUCCAACAGGAGAACAAUGGCUUAAUCGAGCAAAAAAAGACUGAAGUUCUCAUGCCCGGAAUGUUUCUCCCCCGCCCCACCCCCACCACCACCACCACCGCCGCCGCCGCCGGAGAACAGGCGGUGAAAUCUGAGACGGAUACUGGUGUUCCGGUGAAUAAGCCGAGUGGUAGUCACCGGAGAAGCUCAGGGCCCAGAAGCAAGUAUAGAGGAAGGAAUUCAAGAACUCAAGUUAAUAAUAAUAGACAAUGGGUUGUUAAAGAUAAUGGAAAUGUUUAG